UCUCUCUCUCUCUCUCUCUCUCUCUCUCUCCCUCUCCCUCUCCCUCUGUGAUGGGAAGCCUCUCGCAAUGCAUCAAAACCAUAAUCAUCCUUGUCACCAUUACCCUCUCCCAUUGCUUCACCGCCGUAGUUGCCGCUAUAUGUGAAUGCGAACCACCGUCGCCGCCGGCGCCGCCUCAACCAGAGAACUUAACCUUCCUCGACAAGAGGCUGGCUCUGGUCUAUCCCGUCAUCCAACUAUUCAAGUCCACCAUCACCGCCGACCCCCUCGGAAUCACCCAAUCUUGGGUCGGCCCCGACAUCUGCAACUACACAGGGUUCUUCUGCGGCGAGCCGCCUGACAACGCCUCCGCCCUCGCCCUCGCCUCCAUUAACUUCAAUGGCUUCCAGCUCGCCGCUCCCACGCUCGAAGCAGGUUUCAUUGACCAGCUCCCUGAUCUCGCCAUCUUCCACGCCAACACCAACAACUUCUCCGGAACCAUUCCGCCGGGCGUUUCCAAGCUCCAAUUUCUAUUCGAGCUAGACAUAAGCAACAACAAGUUCUUCGGUGCGUUUCCGGCUGUUUUGCUCGGCGUCACCGGCCUGGGGUUCCUGGAUAUCCGGUUUAAUUUCUUCGCCGGCACCGUCCCCCCUCAGGUCUUCACACAGAGCCUCGACUUUCUCUUCAUCAACAACAACAAUUUCCUGUCGAAACUACCGGAGAAUCUCGGCUCCACCCCGGUGAGUUACCUGACUCUCGCCAACAACAGGUUCACUGGUCCCAUCCCCCGCAGCAUCGGAAAGGCGUCGUCGACGUUGCGGGAGGUUCUGUUCUUGAACAACCGGCUCACCGGUUGCAUUCCAUACGAACUAGGGUUUCUAAGGAAAGCGACGGUCAUAGACGCCGGAAACAACCUCCUGACGGGGCCGCUGCCGUGCUCGCUGGCGUGCCUUGAGAACAUCGAGCAGCUGAACUUCACCGGAAACCUCCUGUUCGGGGCGGUGCCGGAGGUGGCGUGUGCUGCACUGAAGACUUUGGUGAACUUCUCUCUAUCGUAUAAUUAUUUCACGCACGUGGGGCCCAUUUGCCGGAAUCUGAUCAAGAGUGGGGCCCUUGAUCUGAGGAAGAAUUGCAUUCGCGGCCUUCCUGAUCAGAGAUCACGGUUUGAAUGUGCGGUGUUCUUUGCUCUGCCCAGGUUCUGUCCUUACUUCGUAUCGUAUUGGAUCAUUCCCUGUAAGCUUCCCCAUCCGCCGUUCCCGUUCCCGUUCCAUAACGGAACGCGUGGUCAUGAUAAUUCGGUGCGGCCGAAGAGGCAUUUGAUUUCGUACUCCGCUCUCUGGAGACAUAGAUUUCGAUGACCUUUUCCAGGACGAGUCAAUCUUACGGAUGAAAUAAUCAAAUAAGCCUCGUUCUGAUCGUCAA